CGACCAUUGGGACAUCUUUGACAAAUGGCAGUCGGUAAUUUCCCAUUUUGCAUUGCAAAACUAACCUAAUUUACAAGUUUUGGAAUGCUAAUUAUUUCCAUUAUAAAAAUUUCGCCGUAUUUCCAGCAACCCAGGCGAAAAAACCAACACUGAGCCACAUGUGGAAAUAUUUUGACGUACAUUUGUUAAUUUGCAAGUAGAAGAUGCUCUCUUGGCUGAGCUGAUAUUUUAUGCCAAGGACCUGCACCUGUUGGAAACGCAGGGCACAUAUCAACUGAAGAACCCGCAGACAAAUCAUGGAUUGUCUUUUCGCGUAUUAUACUGAUAAAUUUACGAAAAUAGACGGAAAUAUUUUUGAGCUGUUUGCCAAGUUUUACAGCCUCGAUUUGUCUCCAGUGGACUCAUGGCUGGAAACCCAGUUCAAGAACAAAAUAGGAAAGGACGAUUCAUUGUCCACGAUUUACAGACAAGAGGGCAACAAGUGCUAUGCCAAGAAGGACCUGCUAAAGAGUCUGGAGUUUUAUACUAGAAGUUUAUGUUGUGCCACACCCAAUGGGAAAGAAUACGGGCUGGCUUUGGCCAACCGGUCAGCCGUGUCUUUUGAAAUGAAAGAAUUCGAGAGUUGUCUAAGAGAUAUAGAAUUGUGUUUUCAAAGUAACUAUCCAAAGGAUCUGAGACCGAAAGUGUAUAUCAGAAAAGCAGAAUGUUUGUACGAAAGUGGUCAGCAGAGCAACUUGGAAAAGUGUAUCCGAGAGGCGCUCAAGUUCUUAAAUGGAACGAAAAUUGUGGAUAAAAAUAAGCAUAUAUUGAAAUUGAAUCAAUUGCGGGGGUCCACUUUGAAACAGAAUAAGGUUGACAUGUGUAGAGAUAAUUCUAUUGUCGAUCUUCCAGGGUUUGAAGAUGGGGAGAAUCAAACGUUCGCUUUUGCGUCUUCGAAAUUAAAAAUGAGUUAUGACAAAAUUCGUGGAAGGCAUGUUAUUGCUCAAAAAAGUAUUCAAAGAGGAGAUGUGCUUUUUGUGGAAAAGGCCUUCAUAUUCGCUCCAGUCUUCAAGGAGAAUAAAGAGUUGUAUUCUUUUAAAUGUUACAAUUGCUUAACAGACAUUAUAAGCAGUAUUCCGUGUCGUUCGUGUACUUUAUGCGUUUAUUGCAAUGAAAACUGUAGAACCUUCUCGUGGGAAGAAUGCCAUAAGUGGGAAUGUGCAGGAAUGCAGGCGAAUAUAUGGUAUGAUCUGGGCAUUGGGUUCCCUGCAUUUAAGGCAGCGCUGAAAGGAGUCAAGUCCGGAUUCAAUAUUAUUAAGGGCGGUUAUGACGAGGAUUUGAAACACUUCGGCAGCAAAGAGGACAAUUACCCUUAUUUCAAUAGAUUGGUCUCAAAUAUUUAUAAAAGUAAAAAUGCUGCGCCUUAUAUAGUGAUGUCAGCGAUAAUUGUUUCAUAUUUGCAAAAGUAUACAGACUUCUUCUCUUGGUUUCUGCAGCAGAAAAACUGCCCCAAAAAUAAUUCCAACAGCCUAAUCAAAUACGUAGGUGGCCUUAUCACUAAGCAUAUUGCCCAGUUGUCUUGCAAUUCGAGUAUCAUCGAACAUUGGACCUAUUCAUCCACUGAUCUUCUUUUUCCCGAUAUUCUCAUCACGGUGGCCUGUGGCAUGUUUCCCUCGGUCAGCAUCAUGAAUCACUCUUGCCGUGCUAAUGUGACCAACUUUUUUAUCUGUGAUACAAUUGUGGUGAAAGCUAUCGAAGAUAUUGAAGCAAAUGAGGAAAUUUUCAACUGUUACGGCAUCGACUACCGGGGAAUGAACAGAGAACAGCGUCAAAUAGCCUGUAAGAGUCUAUAUCAUUUUGAUUGCAAGUGCGUAAUCUGCAGCGACCAGUCUAAAGAAGUGGAAAUGUUGGAUAGCUACAUUUGUCCCAAGUGCAGAGGUUUAGUUCCGGAAAUACCAAACGCAUCAUUCAUGUUUUGUUUUAGUUGUGGUGACGAGGAUUCCUUGCGAACUUUUCGCAAGAAGAAUGAAGAGGCCCAAAACUAUCUGGAAAGUGGAGAAUCCAAUCAGUUGGAUAUUUUAAUAAAGAGUUUGACGAUACGGGAACAAAUUCUGUACAAGCAUCAUAAAGACUUUGAAGAGGUCUACUAUAGAUUGUACAGCUAUUACGUAGAAAUAGGAGAUGCUGAAAACAUGUUUAAAUAUUUUCAUUUAUGGCUCGAAAAUGAAAAAGCACGACGAGGCGAAAAUUCACGUGGCAUCGGCACGAAACUGUACGAAGCAGCAUUAGCCAUUUUACACUGUUUAAAAAGUAGUCAUCCAAAUAACUGCACGAACUUGAAAUCAUUUUUACAAAACGUGGAACACAUGAUCAAAGAGGCCAAAAUAGUCUUGAACCUGUAUUAUCCAGCAAACAUCACAAAUAGGUUGAGUAAAAAAAUUCAGUUUAUUUCGAAUAAAUGAUGAUUUAACUUUUAGAAUCAAUAGAAGCUAUAUAAUUUUACUAAUGUUUUUUUUUUAUAAGAACUUGUGAGUUUAAUUGCAUGCUCAUCAAUAAAAAAAUGCUUUUAAUGUUA